AUGUCGGGCGAAGCAUACGACUUACUACAAAACAUCUUGGAAUCCAGCGAUACUUACGAAUACGAAGAUAUCAAGAAACUUUUACAAGAAAACUACCAUGGAUCCGAAGACAUUGACUUUUAUCUAAACCAAUUCGACGAGAUACAACGGAAGCCAAAAGAAAAUAUUUUAAAUUAUGCCUACAGACUUAAAACGCUAUACACACGUGCCUAUCCCUCCAACAACCAGGAAACACCCGAAGAAAAAACCACGCAACUAAGAUUACUUCGACAAAAAUUUUUGCAAGGACUGGAACCAGAACUUCAAAACAUCGUAAGACACAAAUCGGUAUCAACAUUCGAAGAACUUGUAUCUAUCACACAGAAGUACGCAAAGCGCGUCCAAUCGGAUACGAUAGAAAAAGACAAAAGGAUAUUUGUUAACGCGGUAGCUAGCACUCAAAACGAAACUGCUAUCCUACAAGCAAUCGAAAAACAAAGUGAACACAUAAACUCAAUCGUAUCCUGCCUGAAAUUAGCCACCACUGAACCUGCUCUACAAGAAACAAGCACAUCGCCCGACUUGAGCGGAAAAAUUGACCGUUUAACGGACGUCAUAACAAACCUCGGCAGCAUCAUGCAGGCUAGCAUUCGCCAAACAAAUGAGAUACGUCAACCACUCAGAAAUAACUUCAGCUAUCCCCCGAACCAAUCAAGACACGGAAAUUUCUCAAACCACGCCCCCCAAAACAGUUUCAACCGCCAAGGCCCAAUGAACGGGUUCCGACAACCAGUCGGAAACACUUUCGGCAGGCCUAACGAAAAUAACUCAGGUCAGCAACCUUUCCAACGAAAUAGGGCAACGCAAAAUGCCGCUGGCUGCUCAAACUGCGGCCUCACCAACCACAGCAUCGAAAGUUGCUUUCGAUUUAUAAAACGGCAAACGACACCAGAGACGCCACCUACCUGUUACUUUUGUAAACAAGUAGGCCACGUAACGAAAUUUUGCCCCGAGAAGAAAAACUUAAUUAAGCCUAACGAAACUGACGCUUCACGGAACCAGGGAAACGAAUAA